GGUUUGCCGAGUUUUCGUGUUGAUGUAUUAAUAUAUUAAAUACAUAAAAUAGCGUGCAGCAGUUUUUAACAAUGCCUUUACUUGAAACGGAUAGCUCCAACGAUCAGUUCAACAAUGAUCAAUCUAAGCCAAUGUCUGGGCCCAUCAUUGGCAUUAUAUAUCCGCCGCCGGAAGUUAGAAAUAUUGUCGACAAGACCGCUAGCUUUGUGGCGCGUAACGGCCCGGAGUUUGAGGCUCGCAUCCGGCAAAACGAGCUGGGUAACCCGAAAUUUAACUUUUUAAAUGGAGGCGAUCCGUAUCAUGCCUAUUACAGGCAUAAGGUCAACGAGUUUCGUGAAGGAAACGAUAACAGCAACGCCGCAGUAAGUGGUAUUAAGCAGCUGUCAGUGACGAGUGCGGCACAGCAGAGGCAGCAGGAGUUAUUAAAACAGGUAGUGGAACAACAGUUUGUACCAAAAGAGCCGCCUGCGGAAUUCGAAUUCAUUGCUGAUCCGCCUUCUAUAUCUGCGUUAGACUUAGACAUUGUGAAGUUAACAGCUCAAUUUGUGGCCCGAAACGGACGUCAGUUUCUUACAAAUCUGAUGAGCAGGGAGCAACGAAACUUUCAAUUUGAUUUUCUACGACCGCAGCACUCUCUAUUUCAGUACUUUACCAAGCUUUUAGAACAAUAUACUAAGGUACUUAUUCCUCCAAAAGAUCUACUGGGCAAGCUGCGUACCGAAAGCGCUCCCGGGCGCGCUAGUAUGCUUCUAGUGCUGGAACAGGUAAAAUAUCGUGCCAAUUGGCAACGACACCAGGAGGCGCAACGUCGCCGCGAAGAAGAAAAGAUAGAACGCGAGCGUGUGGCCUACGCGCAAAUCGACUGGCAUGAUUUUGUCGUGGUAGAGACGGUUGACUAUCAGCCGUUUGAAAGCGGCAACUUUCCACCACCAACUAACCCCGACGAAGUCGGUGCUCGUGUGUUAAUGGAAGAGCGUUUAAUGGAGGAAGAGGGCGACAUUGAAAUGCAAAUCGAGUCUGAUGAAGAGGUAGAUUCUCCAAUGGUUAGUCACAUGGACGGUGGUGUCAAACUCUCACAAAUGGAGAAUCGCGUAGGCAUUCAAAUGAAGAACGCUACGGCUUAUGGGCAGCCAGCAAACGCAAAACGCGACAACACCCAGGUUCAGGACAUGGAUGAAGCUUCAAGUGAUGAGGACACGCCAACUACAAAAAUGCAGCCAAGUGUCGCGCCCAUGCUACCACCCACACACGACAAGGUUGUGGUUAAAAAAUACGAUCCAAAGGCGGCCCAACCGAAGCCGGUGCCAGUGGCAACAGAUGAAUACCUUAUAUCGCCAAUCACAGGCGAGAAAAUCCCAGCCUCUAAAGUGUCGGAGCAUAUGCGCAUUGGACUACUUGAUCCACGCUGGGUGGAGCAGCGUGACAAGCACACAGUAGAGAAGAUCAACCAAGACAAUGUUUUCGCAGCAGGAACGGCUAUCGAGGCCAGCUUAAAACAGUUGGCGGAGCGCCGCACAGAUAUUUUUGGAGUGGGUGAUGAAGAAACUGUCAUUGGAAAAAAGCUUGGGGAAGAAGAGACCAAAAAGGAUGAUCGCGUCACUUGGGACGGUCACACAUCCAGUGUGGAAGCGGCCACGCGAGCAGCUCGUGCUAAUAUUACGCUCGAAGACCAAAUACAUCAAAUUCACAAAGUGAAAGGUCUGCUGCACGAUGAAGAAAAAGAGAAAAUUGGACCCAAGCCUGUGGGUAACAAAGCGACGCUUUCCGCGCCUCCGCAGCCAUUAUCUUCAAAGAACCAACACACCAGCCACACAAAUAGCCAGGCACAGCAUCAUCAAGGUGGUGGUGUCACUCAUCACCACGCUCAGCACCAUCAUCACCAAUCGCAUCAGCAGCCGCCGUCGCUCCAUCAACACCAGCAGCAGACGCAACACAGCAUGUCGCAGUCCAAUCCAGUUAUGAUGAUGCAGAGACCACCCAUGAUACCAACACCUUACGGCGUUGGCUCUGGUGGCUACAUGGGCAUGCCAUCUGGAAGCGGCCCGCAGCAAAUUUCUCCUGCGCCGCCAGUUGAGUUAAUGCCUAUUGAGGAUGAGCCGCCUACUAAGAAAAUACGUUCUGAAGAUAACUUGGUGCCGGAAGCAGAAUUCAUAGCUCUUCAUAAGAGCCCUGUAACCAUACAGGUGCAGGUACCAAACACCGAGAAAUCUGAAUGGAAGCUAAAUGGUCAGAUGAUUGCCGUUACCCUGGCGCUAACCGACCCUAUUGCAAACCUUAAGGCCAAGUUGCAGGACGAAACAGGCAUGCCACCUGCAAAACAAAAAAUAUUCUAUGAGGGUAUGUUCUUUAAGGAUAGCAAUACCAUGGCUUUUUACAACCUAUUAAGUGGUACUACGGUACACCUUCAAGUCAAGGAGCGCGGCGGUCGCAAGAAGUAAGGAAGGAU